AUUCUGCUGCCAUUAAAUGUUAACCGAGACAUUUUGUCUCCAUUCUGUUUUAGCUCUCUGUAGCCAUUUGAUUGCCAUUUGUUUGCUUAGAGACAGGUCCCCUUGGAAGUUCAGUAACCAAGAGUCUGUGCUGUACAGCCCUAAAAAACAAAGGAGUACUGCAAGCUGCUUAAUUCAGUAAAGAAAUGCCAUGGAGAAGGAGUAUAAGGGCAAGGCUCAGACAUCCAAAAACAUGGCUGGGGUUUAUAUAGGAAUGGAAGGAAUUCCUCCUCGAGUGAAACAUCCUGCUACAUCUCCUCACAGGAUCUACAGAAGAAGCAGAUGGAGUGUAAAAACACAAACAGAAUGCCAAUGUUAUAAUAAGAUUGAGUUACUUCGAAAUAAGGAGCCCCAGCAAGGAUUUACAGGAGCUGUUCUUAAGCCAAAGGUGAAGUCUGUCAUUGGGGAAGAAGAAUUGCCUCCAUUCAGCCUGACCAAGAAGGCUCUCCCAACAACAGAGGAGCUGCGAAAACUGACAAGGAAGAUUCUGAGGGAGUAUGCUCUGCCAUCUGGGAAAGAGCUGAGCUUUCAGGAGAGGGUGGUGAAAUGGUGUGCCCUCCAAGGCUGUUCAAGGAAAUUCAGAGCAAAAGACCCCUCUCUCAAGUCCUCUACCACCAAAGCAGGAGGAUUGGAUACUGUAGUCCUGAAAACAAUGCCCACAAAACUCAGAGAGCAGGUCAUAUGUAAUGAAACGCUGUGCAAAGCACAGCAGAAGCAAUCACAUGGAUCUCAUCAUGUCCUCUCAAUACAGAAUCUACAAAUACAUCCAGAGCCUAAAAGGCUGGGCCAGUCUGUUGGUUUUGAAACCUCGUGCUGGUUGACAUCUGCUAAUAACCAAUUUCUCCUGCCAUCAGUGAGUGUUGGCAUCAUGCCCACAUUUCUCCCCCGCGCAGCAGUCUCCAUGGAGAGAGGGAGACUCGCAGGGCGGCAGGGCAACAAAAAGCCAGUUGCUGUAUCCUCAGUGCCAGUAAGUCUUGUAUCUACAUCACUGGAGCUAAAACGAAGAUCCAAUGGGUAUGAGAGUCUCAGACAGGUGUGUGAAGACAACACAACCAACGAAAAUCGAAAUACAAGAACACUUCCUACAAGAGCCAGAUGUAAAGAUGUCAUGAAAUGCAAAGGAGGACCUAUCCAAGAGCAGAGUAUUUCCUGGCCAGACACUCCAAGGUAUUCAGAAACUGUUGGAAAUACACAGGAAGAAAAGGACCUACAAAAUAAUGAGCUUGGUUCUGUUCAAGACACAGGUGGUUUUUCAAAUGAUGUUUCUUCUCUGGAACUUGCUGGAGACAAAAUCCAAACUGCUACAUUAAAUGGACAGUCAUGUCUUACAAAGCAAAUUGCUGUCAUCAUUGAUCUGAAAACUGUAGAAGAAAGUAUUCACUCAGACUUUUCAAAUGAAGACUAGGUAUAGUUUUGGGGAGUGAUAUUUAAAAAGAUCUAUUUAGAUAGUGUUAUAGAUUUUAUAUAUAUCUACCCUAUUUAUAAGAAUAUGCGGAGGAGACAAUCAAUAACAAGAAGAUCAAAUAUAACACUCCCACAAACAUAUUAUACUGUAUCUACACAAACAAAAACAUACCAAUGUACUGUACUCUUUUGACUAAGGUAAAAGCAAUGAACUGUAUACACAGACACAAAACUACCCAUUACAUUCAUUCACAGGUACAACAAAACAAUUUAAAUCAAGUUCAAUACAGUAAAUGCAGAUUUGCAUCUUAAUCUGCUUCGGGUUGAAUGCCUUUUAUAGUUAAAUGUCGAGAAAGGCCAUUUGUCUAGUUAUUUUUUUUGUGGAAUUGUUUUUUCUUCAGAUGAAACAUUUUAAUUCUGUACAGGUGUUAACAUGGAUAAUCAAGAUAGAAUGUGGUACAACAAUCAAGUUCUAUUUGAUCAUUGAAUUUUAAAGAUGACCCUGAUACUGUUGUAUUUUCCUUAGAUCUUCCUAAUCCUCUGUUUACUUAACAGGCUCAGUUUAUAUAAUCUUUUACCUUCUGCUUCGCUGAUUUUCAUUUCUUCAAUUCAGGUCAAAAGGCAAUUCUUUGUAUGAGCUCACCUUGCCUGCCUUCCUUUUGCAUCAUAUGAUUUCCUUCUGUCCCUUUUUCCUACAUCGUUGAUAUCAUUCAUAGCAUUUUUUAAAUAAAAACGUGAUUUAUGUCUAAACUCCUGUUCCCAUUUUAAUUGGAUUCAUAUCAGUCCAUUUUACUCUGUAACUGUAUCGUGAUCCGUUUAUAUAAUGCAAUCAAAACCCUCCUCACAGUUAAGGCCUGUAAAGGCUUUUACAGAGCCUUUUGUCUCUAGAUGGAGAUUAAAAUAUGAGGGAAUAGGCUACUGGUGUCUAUGUCAUCUAAAAUGACUGUGUCUGUAUGAUAUAAUUCAAUCAAAUUAAACUUUUCACUUUUUAACA